CCCUAAAACAAAUUCCCUGUUUCUUGGCUUGCGUUUUCGUUUUGCAUUCUCUCUCUUUUCUCUUCCCGGAAUUUUGGACAAACACUUUCGUUGCGAGAAAAAAAAAAAAAGAAGAAAAUGUCGAGUAUCACUUUCUUCCAGCAUCUCUCUAGAGCUUUCCGUGAUAACCAGUCGCAUCUUAAGCUUGUACUGCUCUGCACCGCCGUAAGUGGUGGUGGUCUUUGGGCUUAUGGUGAGAGUGUUGCACCAGAAGAGGCAGUUAGCGAGAAGAAGAAGGUGGUGGUGCUGGGAACUGGUUGGGCGGCCACAAGUUUUAUGAAGAAUUUGAAGAAUCCAAAAUAUGAGGUUCAAGUAGUAUCGCCUCGUAACUACUUUGCAUUCACUCCUUUGCUGCCUAGCGUUACGUGCGGGACCGUCGAAGCGCGCAGCAUUGUUGAGCCAGUUCGCAAUAUUUUUAAGAAGAAAAAGGUGGACGUACAAUUCAGUGAAGCAGAAUGUUUCAAGAUUGAUGCAGAAAAUAGGAAAGUUUACUGUCGAUCUAGUGUGAACAAUAAUUUGAAUGGGAAAGAAGAAUUUGUUGUGGAUUAUGACUACCUAAUAGUUGCGGUGGGUGCUAAUGUCAAUACAUUUAAUACUCCAGGAGUGACGGAGAAUUGCCAUUUCUUGAAGGAAGUUGAAGAUGCUAAAAAAAUUAGAAGAACAGUUAUUGACUGCUUCGAGAGAGCAAAUUUGCCCGAUGUAAGUGAAGAUGAGAAGAAGAGAAUUCUUCAUUUUGCUAUUGUUGGAGGUGGACCUACUGGAGUAGAGUUUGCAGCCUCACUUCAUGAUUUUGUCAAUGAGGAUUUGCUCCGUUUAUAUCCUGGGAUUAAAGAUUUAGUUAAAAUUACACUUCUGGAGGCCGGAGAUCAUAUCUUGGGCAUGUUUGACAAGAGAAUUACUACUUUUGCUGAAGACAAGUUUCGAAGAGACGGGAUUGAUGUGAAAACAGGAUCCAUGGUUGUUAAGGUAUCCGAGAAAGAAAUUUCCACUAAAGAACUGAAAAACGGAGGAGAGAUUAAGACAAUUCCGUAUGGAAUGGCUGUCUGGUCAACUGGUAUUGGCACUCGUCCAUUUAUUAAAGAUUUCAUGGCACAAAUCGGUCAGGCUAGCAGGCGUGCUCUAGCUACAGACGAGUGGUUGAGAGUUGAAGGGUGCAGCAAUGUCUAUGCGCUUGGUGACUGUGCCACGAUAAACCAGCGGAAAGUCAUGGAAGAUAUCGUGGCAAUCUUUAAGAAGGCUGACAAAGAGAGUUCCGGAACACUUACGGUCAAACAAUUUCAAGAGGUCAUGAAAGAUAUCUGUGAAAGAUACCCUCAGGUUGAGCUAUAUCUGAAGAAUAAACAGAUGCACAACAUUGCUGAUUUAUUGAAGGAAGCCAAGGGAGAUGAUAUAAAAGAAUCAAUUGAACUGAAUAUUGAAGAACUCAAAACUGCACUUUCCAAAGUGGAUUCUCAAAUGAAAUUUCUUCCUGCUACAGCACAGGUUGCAUCUCAGCAAGGCACUUACCUGGCCAAGUGUUUUAAUCGGAUGGAAGAGUGUGAAAAAAAUCCUGAGGGUCCUCUCAGGUUCAGGGGAGAAGGUCACCAUCGGUUCAAACCCUUUAGGUACAAGCAUUUAGGUCAAUUUGCUCCUUUGGGAGGAGAGCAGACAGCUGCCCAGCUUCCUGGAGAUUGGGUUUCAAUUGGCCAUAGCAGUCAAUGGCUGUGGUAUUCUGUCUAUGCAAGCAAGCAAGUAAGCUGGCGUACUAGAGCUUUAGUAGUUUCAGACUGGACAAGACGUUUUAUUUUUGGAAGGGACUCAAGUAGCAUCUGAUUCCAGAGUCUUUUGCAUUGGCAAUGUGGCAGAGCUCCUUGAUCCUAUAUUUUACAUAGGAAAAAUUUGUUUCGAUUCCAUUUAUUCUUUGAAUAAGUAAGGAAGCUUGGUGAUGUUCGAACUCAAACAGCUGAUACAUGCUCACCAUUUUCGAACUCGGGUUGAAUACUCCCGCUUUUUGUAUUAGAGUCGUGGCAUUAGUUGGUUUCCGAGUUUUGCAGAUUAAGUUUGUUUUGGAGAUAAUAGGCGAUGUUCUUAUCAUACCAAAUCAUUCUUGUUUUUACAAUUAAUCUUUUGUUCCUUUUCCAUUUUUCCGAUUUGGUCAUCAUUGAAUUUAUUGCAACUCAGUUGAAUUUUUGUAAUUGGGAAAAAAAUGUGAUUUUUAUUAA